AUGGGAAAGAUCACCUUCUACGAGGACCGCGGCUUCCAGGGCCGCUGCUAUGAGUGCAGCACCGACUGCCCCAACCUGCAGACCUACUUCAGCCGCUGCAACUCCAUCCGAGUGGACAGUGGCUGCUGGAUGCUCUAUGAGCGCCCCAACUACCAGGGCCACCAGUACUUCCUGCGGCGUGGGGACUACCCUGACUACCAGCAGUGGAUGGGCCUCAGCGACUCCGUCUGCUCCUGUCGCCUCAUCCCCCAUGUGAGUCACUCUGGCACUUACCGAAUGAGAAUCUACGAGAGAGAUGACUUCAGAGGACAAAUGUCAGAGAUCACAGAUGACUGUCUCUCUCUUCAAGAUCACUUCCACCUCAGCGAAAUCCACUCCCUCAGUGUAACUGAAGGCUGCUGGGUCCUCUACGAAAUGCCUAGCUACAGGGGACGGCAGUACCUGCUGAGGCCCGGGGAAUACAGGAGAUAUCUUGACUGGGGGGCUCCAAAUGCCAAAGUCGGUUCUUUUAGACGAGUCAUGGAUUUCUACUGA